UGCUAGUUAGCAACAAGUUGCUAAGUAACUUCAGAAAAUCGGGAAAAACAGUCUAAUGUAGACGUAGCCUGUUAAUUAGAAUGAACAGCGAAGUUUAAGUAACUUUAAGUAACUAAGCGAUCUGUUUAAGUAACUUAGUGGACAUUUCAAAAAUCAAGCAAGGACAAUUAUAUAGAGGGACAUGGAGAACGUAAUAGAAUCUGUAAAUUGACACUCCUGUUUAGUGUCGACAGGGAUUUCCGGAUCGGAGUUCGGCUUUGUCGUCUCCUUUUCUUGAUAUUACGUGGAUUGUUUCCUCUUUCUUCAUUGUCGGAUUUUUCCCUCAUGCUAUACGGGUCUGCAGUGAAAAAAAAAAUAGAAAAAAAAAAACAUGAUACGUGAGGUACAAGAUAACCUGUUGUAAAAAUGCAAAUCCUCUGAAGGUUUGCAUUGCCUUUAUAACCAUGUGGUCUGAGCUUACCGGCCCUUCAGCAAGAUUCCUUGUGGUUUUACAGCACUAUGUCCAAGGAGAGGGAAGCUGCAGGUGGGGAAGUGCAGAGAAUGGGAGCUCACAGGAGUGGGGCAUCGCUAAAGGAUGCCUUUGGGCUUCUUUCCCAUGCUUCUCGAGAAAGACUGCUCAGCCUCACUUUCAAGGUGGGCCACAGCCAGGCAGAGGAGCUGGUGCAUGCCAUGUCCCUGAUCAUUUUGAGGAAGGAGGCAGAGGCCUUAGGCAAGCUCCAGACACUGGGGAACAACAAGAUGGCCAAAUACCUGGCUGAAAUGGUGACCAGGUGUAGAAGCAGGCAGGAGGACUUCCGAAUGGACAGUGAAUUACAGGUGGAGUCUCAGUUUGAUAUCUUAAUAGAAUUGGCAAGGAUAUUCCAGGUGCUGACAGAGGAGAGACUUUGUAGUGAGUCAGUGCGGGACAAAGCAUAUCAGGCUGCUCUCCGGGCAUAUGAGAGCAUGACUGGAUGUGAGGAAGGGCAGGGAAACAUGGUACGACUAAUGGAAGAAGCCAGGGAGGUGUGUGGACCUCAAUUUGAUGCUACAAUAAUGGGGACUACUUCAAAAGGAGGGGGAAAAACACUAAAAUCUCUCUCGGGACUCUGCUCAUUUCUCCCAUUUGGAGGCAGGGCAUUAGGCAGGGGCAGUGCAGCCAUGUGCAUAAAAGGCAGCUCAGGUGAUUCAUCGUGGACAGGAGAUACCCGCAUCUCACCUUCUUCUCUAAGAACAAACUCCUCUAGUUGCAUGUCUUUUCCCAGUCACCUAGAGGUCAGCAUGUCUCCUACCAUGGCAUUUGACUUGUGCAAUAUUAACAGAGGUGUACAGGACCUAAAGCCAACAUCUUCACAGAUAUCAAGUAAGGAAGUCCUCAAAUCCACUCUCUCCCACAGCAACCCAGAGAAACGGCUUUCACUCCAUCUGAUGCCUCAGGAGCACAGUACUUGUAACUACGCUGUUGAAGAGAAUGUAGGUGCAAGUAUCUGUGUAACACCAUCCCGGACCACGACCCAUCACAAGCCAGAGUCCACUAUCCAGUGUUUUACAGGAAAAGCUCAGGUUGCACAGUGCACAGAAAAUUCGGGCAGCCACCAGAUUGUGACGUCCAAGAAUGCAGACACAAAAAUUAAGCUCAACCAGGGAAGGUACCCAGAGCACCUCACUGAAACAUUUCCUUCCACUCCCCCACCCCGUAGCAAGUCCAGUAAUUCUGAGACCCAACCUAAGACAUUUGAAAAAGUUCUCAAAACUGAGAAUAAGGAGGAAGAAGAUGACACACAAUUCUUCUCUUUUGUGAUCCUGCACUCAACAGAGGAUGUGGACAUGGCUGAGAAGUUGAAGGAGAAACUAGAGGGUCUAGUUAUCGGUACAGGGGCCACCUUCUCCCAGGAUUUUGCAGUACCUGGACAGCACACAUUGACCUGUGUCGCGGAUGCCAUUGACAAUUCAGCUUUCACCAUCCUGCUACUCUCUCGAAACUUCAACCCCCGUCUGUUGGAAUUUAAGACGAAUUCUGCUCUUAUGAACUCCAUUGAGAACCAUCACAAGAUCAACACCGUCAUUCCAUUUCUGCCUCGUGAGAACUCUAUGUCUCGUAGUGACAUUCCCAAGAGCCUGCGUACAUUAGUCCACCUACAUGAGGAUAAUAAGAAUUUCGAGAGGAUGGUGAAGAAAGCCAUGACACCAGAUAAGAUUAAGAAGCAAAGAGAUGUUUGGAGCCAGGAGCAGAGGAUCCAAAUGCUGAACAAGAAGCAGGAGAGGCUGCGAGAAGACAAUGAACGGAAUAAGGAUUUUGUCAAUGUGACCACGGAGGUCUCAAAGUUGGAGCAGGAACAAAUGCAGCUCUGUUACAAGCUCCAGGAGCAAAUGUGGCGCUGUUGGCCGUUACCAUAUCCCUCUCAUGCUGGACAGGCUGCUACCCCAGUAACACCCCCAAUUUUCUAUCCUUACAUUCCAGGGCCUUCACAGCAACAGCCCACCAAUCCAGAAGGGCAAACAAACAUGGGUGUACCUUUUGGAUUCCAGCAACCCGGCAUCCACAUUCAGAAUGCCAGCUGCAUCAUGAUUGGGAACGACUCCCAGAUGACAGUGGGGACAGGUGUGGAAAACCCCAACGGGGAAAAGGAAGUAAAGCAUACUAUUCCUGAAGGGCAAGAACCAUUCAAUGAAGACAGCAAGGAAUGAAAUGUGAUUCAGCUCACAUAUUUUGUUAUAACUGGGUUUUACUUGUACUUGCUCUUUGACACUCUACAUUUAUAUCACCAAAAAACACAUUAAGACUAUCUUGAGAAUGUAAUGGCCAAGGGUGCAUUUUAUUUUUGAGAGAAGUGUGUCUUCAAGAAUCUUCAACAUUUCCUUCAACACAGUGUAACUGUCAAAUUGAAACAAUUUAUUAUGCUGUCAUGGACCUGAAAAAAAUUCAUGUUUAAAAAUCGCCAUGAUGUUUCUUUUUGUACAUCAACAGUCUAUGCAAUCCAGAGACAAAAACACUUGUGACAGGUAACAAAUCAGUCAGUAAUAUGCUAUAUUUGCAGUCUGAAACAGAGAAAUACUUCUCUUUGAUUAUGCCAUAUUAAUGACAAUUAUAUGAAUAAAUAAUGAAUAGUCAUGUAGACAUUAACAUUAUCUUAGGUGGAGCAAUUUCUGAAGGGUGGAGUGUUUGAUUAGCCAAUCAAAAUAUGAAGUGGAACAGGAAUGAAAUCUCUGAUGCAGUGCUGACUGUAAAAUAUUUUGAAUUUGUUUUAUAGAUUUGUGAAACAGACUGAUAAAAUGCUUACAUUA